AUGCUUGUUGGCCUCGAAGAGCGAGCGGAUGUAGACGGCCUGGCCGCGCCAGAGGUUGCGGUGGACGGCCCAGUCAAGCGACAGCUUCAGCGCGCGUUUGUACAGGACUCUGCCCUCAGUCAGUAUCUCUCUUUUUUUUCUCUUCAAUGGUAUCAGCAGGACUUACAAGGCUGGGUGGCGGGCCAUGGCUGCAGCAGUAAUGUCAAUGGCUUCUGUAAAGUCUUCGUCUUCUCUUCGUCUUGCGAUGCAGGUCGUGAGGUUGACUUCGUCGCUGGAACAUGGAUAUUCCGGUUUCGUCCGCAUCGUCGACGGAGCCCAAAACAUAAAACAUCGCCGGCCCUGCAGCAAAAGCAAGACAAGCAAAAAAAACACUUCUCUUUACCUCACUCUACCUCUCUACUUCGACCUCUACAUCUACGCCAGUAG